AAAAGUAUCCUAGUGUGGAAGGAGGCUCCGGGACUGCACACGGACAGCCGCUGUCUGAUCUGGACUACACUUCCUGAGGGUACCAUGGCGACCACAAGAAUAGAAGCAGGAUUUUAUUUUCUUUAUUUUUCUUUUUUUCCCAUGCUGCUGUCUGCCUCAGGCUUGUAUCCCCAAGCAAAGAACGUCAUCUGGAAAUCCACCAAUUUUAAAACGGUUCUGGUCUGGGAACCCAAACCAUCAGCUAAUUACUCUUACACAGUGGAACUGUCUCCGGUUGGUGGGAACGCACAGAAAAUCCCUAACUGUAUCCAGUCGUCACAAACGAUGUGCGAUCUGUCCACCGUCAUGACUGACCCCAAAGCCUGCUAUGUAGCUGAUGUCCUAUCUCAGCCCCCACAGGGGGUGAUCCCUGAACUCUCCGAGUUUCCCCACAAAACCUCGCCAAAAUUCUGCCCAUAUGAUGACACUGAAAUCGACAGGCCUAAGUUCACGCUGGAGGUCAGUAAAGGCAAAGCCACCCUGAAUGUGAGAGACUCACCCACUGCCAUCUUCAACGGUCAACACCUGCAGACUUUAAGGGACAUCUUCUCUGAGCAGCUGCACUAUAAAGUCACCUACUGGAAGAAUAGGAGCACUGGCAAAAAAACAUCCGACUCUCAAACAAGUAUGAUAGAGGUGACUGGUCUGGAUCAAGGGGAGAGCUACUGCUUCCAGGUCCAAGUCUACAUCCCCAGCCGCACUUAUGGCAAGCAGUUCGGAGACCUGAGUCACGCUCAGUGCUCAGAAGUCGAGAACCAGUCCAUCUUAGAUGUGUAUUCUCCUGCAGUGAUCAUUUCUGCCAUCAUCCUGAUCCUACUGCUCACCGGGAUCAUCAUCACCGUCACAGUGGUGUGCUGCAAAAGGAAGAAAAAAGCUGAUGACAAGAAGGACGUAGUAUAAAGUAUGUGCUUCACUACACAUGCAUCUCUCAUGGUACGUUGAACUGGACGCAUGGACAUAUGUAGCUCAGCAUUCCUCAGCCAAACACUGGAAUUUGAUUUAGUUUCUGUGAAACAACCUUUUUAGAGGCACUGGGAACACGGGAAAGCACUGUUAAAGCUCUGCUACAGUAUGUACUUCUGAUACUGCAAAUACUGCAUUUCUUUUCCUGGUGAGUGGUACCUCUGACUACUAUAGUUAAAAUAUAACAGUUUAUUUCUUUUAUUUAAUUUUACAGUCUGCUGUGUAAAUGUAAAUCAUUCUUAUACUGUGGUGGGGAUUUUAUCUUGAAACACAUUUUUGUGGAAUCAAAAUGUAGGAUGUAUAUUUUUGUAUCUGAUGUAUUUAUUUUAUUCUGUUUAACUGAUAUUAAAGAUAAAUAUGUUACUUCA